GGUGGGGUUAAAACCCCCCAGUUCCACUUGAGAUCGCCGUGACGCCUGUGUGGAGGAUUUCUCCGGCGGUUUGUCCCCGAGGAGCGCAGCACCGCCGCUGAGAUGGACCUGCGCGCUGCCCCGUGCGUCACCGCAAACCUGACAGGAUACUAAACAUCUUAGAUUUUGCUCGUCGUCUGAGGCAACUUUCAGAUUUCAAGAGAGAUUUCCUUUCAUUUUGAUGCCGUAACCAUUAUCAGUAAACUUUUCCGCCGCGCUCCUCCUCAUCCGUCUCUCUCUCGGAUUUCCAUGAAGCGACCCAUCGGGUGACUAUAACUACUUUGUUGGGGGGAUUUUGCUUUGGGUGCGCCGGGACAUCAUGUGGACGCCGACGGAGGACGAGAAAAUAGGAGUUGUCAUCUGCAACUUCCGAGGCUCAGUGACUCAGGGCUUGGCUCUGGAAGUGGGGGAGACGGUUCAGAUUCUGGAGAAAUGCGAAGGAUGGUACAGAGGAUUCUCAACGAGGAAGCCAAAUGUCAUGGGAGUUUUUCCUGCUAGCUACGUUCACUUGAAGAAAGCCAUCGUCACCAACAGAGGGCCACACGAGACUGUGGUGCCUCUCGAAGACCCCAUCGUCACCGAGGUCACCUCAACGCUGCAGGAAUGGGCCUUACUGUGGAAGCAGCUCUAUGUGAAACACAAGGUGGAUCUGUUCUACAAGGUUCGCCACGUGAUGAUGGAGCUGAUCGACCUGAGAAGACAGCUGCUGUCAGGUCACCUGACACAAGACCAGAGCAGAGACGUCAAGAGACACAUCACCGUCAGACUCGACUGGGGCAACGAACACCUGGGUCUGGAUUUGGUGCCAAGAAAGGAGUUUGAGAUGGUUGAUGAAGACCAGAUCAGCGUGUCAGAUCUUUAUAAGAUGCAUCUUUCCAGCAGACACAGUGUACAGCAGAGCACCACACAGGGCGACAAUACCCGGCAGCGACAUGGAGAGCCUUGUAGAGUUCCAGUACCUCACCACCUACUGGUCAACCUGAAGAGCUUCACCUACAACACCAUCGGAGAGGACACGGACAUAUUCUUCUCUCUGUAUGACCUGAGGGAGGGGAAGACCAUCAGUGAGAAGUUCAUGGUGAGACUGAACAAGAACGGAGGACCAAAGAAUCCAGAGAAGGUUGACCGGCUGUGUGCCCUCUUCACGGAUCUGAGUAACAAAGACAUGAAGAGAGAUCUCUACAUUGUCUCACAAGUUAUCAGAACAGGUCGUAUGCUGUUGAACGACAGUAAGAAGGGUCCUCCGCACGUUCAGUACCGCCGACCGUAUGGCUGCGCGGUCCUGGCCAUGAGCGACGUGCUGCAGACCAUCUCCGAGCUCAAAGAGGAGAAAGAUUUCGUCCUUAAAGUCUACACGUGUAACAAUGAGAACGAAUGGUACCAGAUCCACGAGAACAUCAUCCGCAAGUCCAGCACCAAAUACACGGCGCCCAGCACCAACUACGGUCUGAUCAUCUCCCUGCAGCUGCUGAGGGGGGACACGGAGCAGGUCCGCAGGGAAAACCCGCUCAUUUUCAGCAGGGGGGUGGCCAUCACGCGCAAACUGGGAUUCCCAGAUGUCAUCAUGCCAGGUGACAUCCGUAACGACCUGUACCUGACACUGGAGCGAGGCGAUUUUGAGAGGGGAGGGAAAAGUGUCCAGAAGAACAUCGAGGUGACCAUGUAUGUGCUGUACGCCGAUGGGGAAAUCCUGAAGGACUGCAUCAGUCUGGGUUCAGGUGAGCUCAACAUGCCAGAGUACCGCUCCUUUGUACUGUACCAUAACAACAGCCCUCGAUGGAGCGAGGUGAUCAAACUGCCGAUUCCCAUCGACCGUUUCAGAGGGUCCCACCUACGCUUCGAGUUCAGACACUGCUCCACAAAGGACAAAGGAGAGAAAAAGCUGUUUGGCUUUGCCUUCACGCCUCUGAUGAGAGAGGAUGGGACGACUCUUUCUGACGAGAGCCAUGAACUCUACGUCUACAAGUGUGACGAAAACACAACCUUCAGUAACCACGCCCUCUACCUGGGCCUGCCCUGCUGUAAGGAGGACUUCAACAGCUGUCCCAAUAUCCCCUCCAGCCUCAUUUUCCAGCGCAGCACAAAAGAGACCUUCUGGAUCUGCACACAGCUUUCCUCCACCAAGCUCACUCAGAAUGUGGAUCUGUUGGCCCUGCUUAAGUGGAAGGCCCAUCCUGACCGGGUCAUGGACAUACUUGGACGGCUUCGGCAUGUCAGCGGAGAAGAAGAUUGUCAAUUUCUUCAAGACAUUCUGGACACCUUGUUCUCCAUCUUGGAUGACAACACAGACAAAUAUGGGCCCCUGGUGUUCCAGUCACUGGUGUUCAUCAUAAACCUGCUCAGGGACAGUAAAUACUACCACUUCAGGCCAGUGAUGGACACGUAUAUCCAGAAGCACUUUGCUGGAGCAUUAGCCUACAAAGAGCUGAUCCGCUGUCUGAAGUGGUACAUGGACCGCUCUGCUGAGGUGGUCCGGCAGGACCACAUACAGGAAGCCAUGAGGGCGCUGGAGUAUCUGUUCAAGUUCAUCAUCCAGUCUCGGAUCCUGUACUCUCGGGCCACGUGUGGCAUGGAGGAGGAGCAGUGCAGCAGCAUCCAGGAACUCUUCCAGUCCAUCCGCUUCGUCCUCAGCCUGGACAGUCGCAACUCAGAGACGCUCAUCUUCACUCAGGGCUCCCAGCCUUGUCCAGGUCCAAAUCAAGUCCCAGGUCCCGGCGUCGGGCUUCCCACUCCCUUAGCACUAGCUCCUGCCCCGGGCCAACUCCAGCCCCCUGUCCCAGGACAGGUUCCUGGCAGCGGGCAGGCCAACUGCACUCAGGCCGUGAGCGCCAACGCUCUGCGGCCGACUCCACUGUCAGCUGCACUUCUGAACUCGUUCCCAGCCAUCUUUGAUGAGCUGCUGCAGAUGUUUACCGUGCAAGAGGUGGCCGAGUUUGUGCGAGGUACUCUGGGCAGCAUGCCGUCCACGGUGCACAUAGGGCAGUCCAUGGAUGUGGUCAAGCUGCAGUCCAUAGCUCGGACCGUGGACAGCCGGCUCUUCUCUUUCCCAGAGUCUCGAAGGAUCCUUCUUCCUGUGGUCCUCCAUCACAUCCACCUGCACCUGAGACAACAGAAAGAGCUGCUCAUCUUUGGGAUACUCAGCUCCAUAUUCUCUAUCAUCAAGACCAGCUCUCUGGACACUUCAGUGCAGGAGGAGGUGGAGAUGAUGGUGGAGUCCCUGUUGGAUGUCCUCCUGAAAACCCUGCUGUCAAUCAUGAGCAAGAGCCAAUCGCAGGAGGCGGUAAGGGGUCAACGCUGUCCGCAGUGCACCGCGGAGAUCACUGGAGAGUACGUAUCCUGCCUCCUGUCUCUCCGCCAGAUGACGGAUAUCCACUUCCAGCACCUGAUGGAAAACUUCCAGAGCAAAGAUGAGCUCAAGGAGUUUUUGUUGAAGAUUCUGUGUGUGUUUAGAAAUCUGAGAAUGAUCAGUAUUUUCCCCCGUGACUGGAAUGUCAUGAGACUCCUCACCAGCAGCAUCAUCCUGACCACAGCUCAGUACCUCUCUUCCGCUCUGCACAAGCACUUCAUAGAAGCCGUUGACUUUAAGGUGUGGAACUCCUACUUCAGCCUGGCGGUGCUCUACAUCAAUCAGCCCAGUUUACAGCUGGAAAAUCUGAGUCCUGCUAAGAGGAAGAAGGUCUUAGACAAAUACGGUGACAUGAGAGUGAUGAUGACCUAUGAGCUUUUCAGCAUGUGGCAGAAUCUGGGUGAGAAUAAGAUCCAUUUCAUUCCCGGUAUGAUCGGCCCUUUCCUGGGAGUGACGCUGGUCCCGCAGGUGGAGGUGCGAAACAUCAUGAUCCCGAUUUUCCACGACAUGAUGGACUGGGAGCAGCGCAAGAAUGGGAACUUCAAGCAGGUGGAGGCGGAGCUGAUCGACAAGCUGGACAGUUUGGUAUCUGAAGGGAAAGGAGACGAGAACUACAGAGAGCUCUUCGGUUUGCUAACCCAGCUGUUUGGGCCUUAUCCCAGCCUGUUGGAGAAGAUCGAGCAGGAGACAUGGAGAGAGACGGGCAUCUCCUUUGUUACCUCCGUCACACGGCUCAUGGAGCGACUGCUCGACUAUCGCGACUGCAUGAAGGGCGACGAGACAGAAAACAAGAAGAUUGGCUGCACUGUUAACCUCCUGAACUUCUACAAGUCAGAGAUCAACAAGGAGGAGAUGUACAUCCGCUACAUCCACAAGCUGUGUGAUAUGCACCUGCAGGCAGAGAAACUACACGGAGGCCCGCGUUCCACCCUGCUGUUAUACUGGGAGCUGCUGCACUGGGACGAGCGACCUCUGAAGGACUUCCUGCAUUAUCCUGCUCAGACCGAGUGGCACCGCAAGGAGGGACUCUGCAGGAAGGUCAUCCACUACUUCAACAAGGGAAAGUGUUGGGAGUAUGGGAUUCCUCUGUGCAGGGAGCUGGCCUUCCAGUAUGAAUCUCUGUAUGACUACCAAAGUCUCAGCUGGAUACGGAAAAUGGAGGCGGCGUAUUACGACAACAUCAUGGAGCAGCAGCGUCUGGAACCCGAGUUCUUCAGGGUGGGAUUCUAUGGCAGGAAGUUCCCUUUCUUCCUCAGAAACAAAGAGUUUGUCUGCCGUGGUCAUGACUACGAAAGAUUGGAGGCUUUUCAGCAAAGGAUGCUGGGAGAAUUCCCACAAGCCAUUGCAAUGCAGCACCAUCAACCAGAUGAGGCCAUCCUGCAGUGUGAUGCACAGUACCUCCAGAUCUACGCAGUAACGCCCGUACCAGACAGCGUGACCGUCCUUCAGAUGGACCGAGUACCGGACGCAUUAAGAAGCUUCUAUCGAGUCAACAACGUUCGCCGCUUCCGUUACGCGCCCUUCCACAAAGGCCCCAAAGAUCGAGACAAUGAGUUCAAGAGUCUGUGGAUAGAGAGGACGACUCUGAUCCUCACCCACCCGCUGCCGGGGAUUUCACGCUGGUUUGAGGUGGAGAAGAGAGAGCUGGUGGAGGUGAGCCCAUUAGAAAACGCCAUUUCUGUGGUGGAGAAUAAGAACCAGGAGCUGCGCACUUUGAUCAGCCAGUACCAGCACAAGCAGCUGCACGGCAACAUCAACCUGCUCAGCAUGACGCUCAACGGCGUCAUCGAUGCUGCUGUUAACGGAGGCAUCGCCCGAUACCAGGAGGCUUUCUUUGAUAAGGAGUACAUCACCAGCCACCCUGAGGACACCGACAAGAUCACACAGCUCAAAGACCUGAUGCAGGAGCAGGUUCCCAUCCUGGGAGUUGGCCUGGCUGUCCACGAGAAGCUGGUGCACCCAGAAAUGCGUCCCCUGCACAAGAAGCUGAUAGAUCAGUUCCAGAUGAUGAGGAGCAGCCUCUGCCAUGGUCUGCCUGGUUUGGACAAGUCCGGCUCAGGGCCCAACACACCCAGAGGAAUCCUGACCGCUCACAGCCCCAUGAGCCCCGAGAGCUUCAAGCUGAUGCACCGACACAGUCCCAUAGCUGUUCUGACUCCUGUGCGCAACUCCUCCUCCUCUCUCUCCUCUCAAACCUCCAGUGAGAUGGGCAACGUUGGCAACCUGCUGAUCCUGGCUGACGGCGUGGUAGUGGAGCACCCCGAGGACUUCUACCGCAUGCAGGCGAGCCCGUCCUCCUCCAGUCUCAGCUCCACCCACUCUGCACCUUCUCAGAUGAUACACUCCGCCCCCUCAACCAUCAGAGUCGGCUCUCCGUCUCUGCCUGACAAAUACAGACACAACAGAGAGAUGCUGAUGCUGCUGCCACCACACAGAGAGAGGCCGAGCAGCGCCAUGUACACCAACAUCACAGAGAACGCGCAGCCACCAAACUUCCAGCGGGCUUUGCUCCACCAGGUGAUCGGUCCCUGCAAACCCUGCAGCGAUCCAAACCUCUCUGUGGCUGAGAAGGUCCUCACUGCUCCCAGCAGCUGGAGUUUGGACAGUGGUACCAGAGAAGCCCUCCCUUUCCUCUCCUCCCACAUCGGCAGUGUCAUAGCACCACCUGUUCCUCCACGCAACCUGCCUCAUGGGCAACACCUGUUGAUGCACUUUGAUGCUUUCCACCACCAGGUCAGCGACCUCCCUCCAGCUCUCCCUGCGCGCUCCUUAAGAAAGUCUCCCCUGCACCCUAUACCUGCCUCGCCCACCAGUCCACAGUCCAUCCUGGAUGGCAGUAACUCCACCCUGUCAGGCAGUGCCAGCUCAGGAGUCUCCUCCCUCAGUGAGAGUAACUUUGGCCCCGCCUCCUCCUCCGCCCCCGCGGCCAGCCGCACAGACACCCUCGAGUCCGUCCCCAGCAGCCAGGCUUGGACCACAGACCAGGAGGACCUUGACUCACCUUACCAGCCCGUCAGGUACAGCGUCUCCGAGCCUGAAGUCCUGGACGGAGUCAAGCCCCCGCCCUGCCGCAGCCACUCGGCCCCAGGAGGUGUCACCCCCCCUCAGGCGGGGUUCCAAAUCCAGCCCCAGGCUCCGGGUUCAGCCUCCACCGGAGUUCCACAAACACAGCAGCAGGAUGGGCUGCCACACCCCCAACACCCCCACUACUACCACCACCACCAUUUCCACCCCCACUACAUCCCCCACCACCCACCCCUCUACCACCUCCAUGAGCCUCCAGCACUGCCCCCUAAACCCUACCUCAGAGAGGGCGGCAUCCCUGAAGAGGACUCCCUGAUCAGCCAGUCUGCAGCCCCCCCACCUCCUGCUCCACGGCCCAUGCCACGCAAGAUCUCCCAGCCCAUAAUCGCAGCCACCAAGGAUGAGCAGGCUAAAGUGGCGUGGGAGCACGGCAUCAGCGAGGAGUAGAGCGCCCCCUCGUGGUUUGUAGGAACAGUUCACAAACUUUUCUCAAAAGAGAGAAAAGAGCAAGAGCCAAACUAAAAACUGGGUCCUGAUGUUGAGGGAAGCUUUCUGAUUCGCCCCCCCAGCUGCCCCCCAGUAACCACUGAAGGCUCUAAUCUGCUCUCUCACUCCAUCCUCAGCAACUAGCUGUGAUUCAAGUGUUUCCUUUAACCAAAUAAUCCU